CGCGAGAGCGUCACCAUUGGCAACGGACAACUGCGUCUCAUCUUUAGCAUCACAGUACAGAGUCACGCUAAUACGAGCUAAUACGUGUACAUUUACAUUCAACUGUGCGGUUUUAUUGAAUCGUGUCGAUUUAUUUCGCUUUAGUUAUUUAUUUAUUUUUAAAAUCUCUUUUUAAGCGAAUAAGAAGUCAUGUUAGCCGUUUAGCUCGCUGGCUAACGCUAGCACGCCCUGCUAAUCUCCUCGCUGUGGAUAAUCCCAGACUGUUUUCAGCAUCAGAAAUUAUUCACUUAUACACUGUGACAGCGAACGAUUGCUGCGGAUUUAUGAGCGAAUAAAGUGGACGUUUGACACCAGAGAGAGAAAGAACAUGGAGCUUCACCUGAAUCGAGUUGAUUACAUUCAGGUCGGUGUCACCUCCCAGAAAACCAUGAGGCUGCUUCCAGCCGUGGGGAAAAAGGCAACUCAGAAGGUGGCUAUCGCUGAUCACGACGGCAUAUUGACAUGUUUUGGGAUGAAGAAGGGAGAAGCAGUGCCCGUGUUCAAAACACUCCCGGGGCAGAAAAUAUCCAGAAUGGACCUGGGAGGAGCUGCAGGAACUCUGCAGGAGAAGAUCUUUGUUUGUUCCGGUUCUCAGGUCCGAGGAUUCACCAAGAAAGGAAAACAGUUCCUCACCUUUGAAGCCAACCUCACCGAGACCAUCAAUGCCAUGCACGUCUCAGGCGCUGACCUCUUUGUUUGUGCAAGUUACAUCUACAACCACUACUGUGACUGCAAGGACCAGGACUAUUAUCUGUCUGGAGACAAAAUCAACGACAUCGUGUGUGUGUCCUCGGAGGACACGAGUCGCUUCAGCCCAGUCCUGGCAUGUCAAGAUCGUGUCCUCAGAGUCUUACAGGGAUCCGAGCUCGCCUAUGACAUUGAAGUCCCCGGCCCUCCAUCUGUCUUGGAACUGUACAACAAAGAUGGAGGAGAGGAAAUCCUCUUUGGUACCACAGAUGGUAAAAUAGGUUUGGUCCAGAUCGGCGAGCGCUCGGCUGCAACCAAAUGGGAGAUCGACAAUGAGAAAAAGAAAGGAGGAAUUCUUUGCAUUGACACCUAUGACAUCAUUGGAGACGGCGUGAGCGACGUUCUUGUGGGCAGGGACGACGGGACGGUGGAGGUUUAUGGUUUCGACAGCUCCAGUGAGCCCACGUUACGCUUUGAUCAUAUACUCUCCGAGAGCGUGACUUCCAUCCAGGGUGGCUGUGUGGGGAAGGAGUCUUAUGAUGAGGUCUUGACUGCCACUUACACAGGAUGGGUGACUGCUUUGACCACUGAGCCCCAGAAGGCUGAGGCCGGCCCUGGAGACGAGGUCAGGAUGAGUAAGGAGACCCAGUCCAAAAUAGAAGCACUCAGGGCCGAGCUGGAGCAGCUGCAGGUCAAAGUCCUGCAGGGACGAGAGCAGUACCAGCAGACGUCUCAGUCGAGCACGGCCGUCUCUGCUGUGCCCGUCUUCAGCAUUAAUGACAAGUUCACCCUCUGCCAGGAUGACGCCAGCUACAGCCUCACCCUGGAGGUGCAGACUGCCAUCGACAACCUGCUGCUCCAGAGUGACGUCCCCAUAGACCUGCUGGAUGUGGAUAAAAACUCAGCUGUGGUCAGUUUCAGUGAAUGUGACUCUGAGCAACCGAACGGCAACUUCCUGCUGGCCACAUACAGAUGUCAGGCUAACACAACCAGACUGGAGCUCAAGGUGAGGUCCAUUGAGGGACAAUACGGCACCCUGCAGGCCUACAUUACCCCCAGACUGCAACCCAAAACCUGCCAGGUCCGCCAGUACCAGAUCAAACCUCUGUCCCUCCACCAGCGCACGCACAGCAUAGACCGCGACAGGCCCAUGAACCGGCUCAGCUUGGUGGGUCAGUUCAGUUUUGCAGAGAUCCACUCGUGGGUGGUCUUCUGUUUGCCAGAGGUGCCUGAGAAAACACCAGCAGGAGAUAGCAUCACAUUUCAUUUCCAUAACACUUUCCUCGGCACACAGCUCGAAGCCAGCUACUGCAAAGGGGAGGGUCACUUCAGGUCAGACAACAUCUCCACAAUCUCCAUACUCAGUGAUGUCCUCUCUAAAGAAGCGACUAAGAGGAAAAUCAAUCUCAACGUUUCAUAUGAUAUAAACGAUGACUCUGUGAGUCACACCCUCAACAUGAUUCACCCAAAGCUGGAGUACCAGUUGUUGCUGGCUAGAAAAGUUCAGCUCAUUGAUGCUCUUAAAGAACUUCAGGUUCACGAGGGGAACGCUGACUUCCUUAUCCCAGAGUAUCGUAACAUCCUGGACGAGUCUGCCAAUCUCCUGGAGGAGUACAAGAAGCAGCCAGCGCACCUUGAGAGGCUUUAUGGAAUGAUCACAGACCUCUUCAUUGACAAAUUCAAGUUCAAAGGCCAGAAUGUGAAAACCAAGGUGUCGUCAUUGUUGGAGAUCCUCGACAAUUAUGACUUAAAUUCUCUCUUAGACUUUUUCAGUGAGGCGUGAUGUCCCACAGUUGAGAGGAUAUUUAUUUAGUUGUCUGAGUGCUAUUUUUGUAUUGUAAAUACAUAUAUUUUGUUUAUGACAGAUGCUCCACUGUGUCCCACUGUCAUUUAGAUCAUGUUUGUCCCAACUGUGGUCUGUAAUAUUUAAAUAUUUGUAAUAUGUUUUGAUAGCAACCAAAUCAAAGAUGGUGAUUAAUAAACCAUUAAAUGUUA